CACUCCUUCCUUCUCCCUCACACACACACGCACACGCGCACACACACACACGCACACGCACACGCAGACGCGGGGAGAGGGAAGUCAUUCGGCUCCCUAAAUCCGAAACUAGGAACUUCAUAAUCCAUUUUCCCGCCAAUUUAUCAAUUUCUUUGCGUGAAAUCGUUACAUGCCAUGGUCUCCGCACCGAAUCCCCUCUGUCAUCUCGACCACAUGGAUUUUUGUUUCAUCUUCGCUACCCAGGAAUCCCUCAACAACCGAAUUAAAAGUUCAACAAUCGCACUGCAACGUGUAAAGAUGCUCGACAUUUGUACAGCAGUGAAAGCGUCUGUUCGAUGCAUAUACACACCCCCAAUCUCCUCAGUUCUGCUGUUUGUGCGGCUAAUUUUGAAGUUUAAGUCAUGGAGCAUGAGAACGAACCUUACCGUGAUGAAGAUGGCAAGCUGUUGGUGGACUUAGACAAGAAUGUCGGAUCUGAAGGGAAUGUUGCUGGCUCUAACCACAAUGAGAGACCCCCAACUCCAGUGUAUGAUGGCUCAAAUUCGAAGUGUCGGAAGCUAGUCAUAAAAAUAAAAUCUGGUGUAGGAUCAGUUCCCGCCCCAACUCCAGUGAAUAAUGACUCAAAUUCAAAAUGUCGGAAGCUACUCAUAAAAUUUAAAUCUGAUCGAGAGUCAGGCCCUGUGUUGGAUGGCGAUGGUGUUCAGGAAUUGGUGAGAGAUGACUACACAGAUGGCAGAAAGGGGAUGAAGAAGAAGAAGAAAGGAGAGAAUAGGAGAAGUAUGGGGAAAAAGGGGAAAGUGGAAAAAGGAGAGAAGAAACCCAGGGUCCGGAAGCGUGGGGGUGAGGAAAGGGCACAUGACGAGGAUGAUGAGAUUAAAGAGAUGUGGGAUGCAAUUGUGGGUGGAAAUUGCGAGGAUGACAAUGAUGAUGUUAGGACUGGGGAUGAGGAUAAACCCAUCGAUGACAGUGGUGUAGAUCCUUCUCACCAUUAUGGAAGUGACAAUGAACAUUCUCCGAAUCAAGUUUCCCAGCCCGAAGUGGAAACGGAGGACAAUGAAAUAGAGAACCUCUUCAAAUUUGGAAAGAAGAAGAAGAAGGAAACAAGUCCUUCCGCAACUAGAUUGCUAGUCGACAGUGUCUUGGCUGAGCUUAAUCUUGCUGCUGUACAAGAUGCGGAGCUCAAUAGACAGGAGAAACCUUGCAUAACAAAGUUGAGGCAUCUAUCUCUGUUGACAGAUAUCAUCCCAAGAAAACACCUUCAGCAAGAGUUUCUUGAUCGUGGAGUUUUACUUGUUUUUAAAAAAUGGCUCGAGCCCGUACCAGAUGGAAGCUUUCCCAAUAUUAAUGUCCGUGAAGCUGUGUUCAAGUGCCUAAAUGAUCUCUACAUUGACUUGGACCGGAAGGACCGCGUAAAACAACUAGCCAAGAGCAACGUUGGAAAGGCCGUUAUGUUUUUCUCCAAGUAUGAUGGGGAAACUAAGGCCAAUCGCCAGCUUGCCAAACAAUUGGUGGAAAAAUGGAGCCGAGUUGUUUUUAAUUUGAGCACGGAUUAUGGGGACAUGAAAUUCUACGAGGUCCAAAAAACCUACAGGAGGCCUCCAGUUAAAAAAGCAACAAUGGGUAAUGCUGCUGCAGGGGCAUCACAGGAUGAUGACCUGGAUUUACGCAAACUUUCACUGGCGCAAAGUUCCGGAGCAUCGUCUUCGAGGCAACAUGCCUCUAGGCCUGAAGCGAUGACCAUGGACUUUGUGGUCCGUCCCCAAUCAAAGGUUGAUCCAGAAGCAGUACGGGCCCAGGCUCAAAGAAAGGUGCAGGAUCAACACAGAGCAAAGCUGAGCAAGAAAUUGGAACAGAUGAAAGCACCUAAGCGGCAGAAACUCCAGGCUGUGAAACCGAGCGUGGGGGGUCGUGGCAUGGAUCUCUAAUCUUCUCGUUUCGGCAUUAACUAGGACCAAACAUCUAUGGUGCUGUACUAGUUACAUGUUUUGAGAUUGAGUAUGCUACUACAGUUUAUUUGCAUUAUUUUAGGUUGUUGUGUGUUGUGUGUUGUGUUUAUUGUACAAGAAAUAGAAAAUAGAUAUAUAUAUAUCUAUCAAGACUGGCUACAUAUAAA